UCCACUGAGGCACUCCCUAAGCGACCAGUGACCCAUGGGAAUGUACCUCUGUGUGUGACUCCAGCACCUCAGCUCUUAAGAUCCACAAGGAACAGGUAACCAGCCUCUGAUCUGCUGAAAAGAAUGUUGUUCAGCUCUGGCUCACUCCGGAAAUCCCUGGGUUUUGUAACUUUAGCAGUGCUUCUUACAGGUUUUGCUGCAACUGGAGCUUUCGCUGGUGAAAGUGACUGCGAAAAUGCAAACAUAGGUGAUGUGACUGAGAGUCUUGAGAAAUAUUCAAAAUGCUUUCCUGAUAUGCUCACCAAGGCUGAAAAAGCUUCAAUCAAUCACCUUGUCUGGAAACUGCAAGACACACUUGAUCUUCUGUUCCCUGUUCAAGCGAAAUGUGAGGCCCCUCAUCAACAGAUGUCCUUCUUUGCUGUUUGCAAGCAGCUGUUUUCGUGCCCGCUCCCAACGGCUCCUAGAAAUGGUGGGCUGGUGUGUGUCAUCAUUGAUGAUGCUCAGUACUGCAAACCCAUGUGCAACAAGGGUUAUGACUUUCAGUUCCUCAGGAGAAGCAGGCUGUAUGAAGUAUGUGGCAACGCCACUAGGUUUUCCUGGACUACACAGCUUGUUGGGGGAAAGGAACUGGCUGUUUGUAACCCCUCUGAGAUGGCCAUCAGUGGAGCUGAAUCUGCCUAUUUCCCCACCAACAGUUCCUGUCUGCACACAUUAGCCUUCACUGAAACGGUGACAGAGCAGCUAAACAUCUUCCUCAGUGAGCUCAAAGAGCAAGGCAUUGAGAUCUCCAACCGUGACAAAGACGCUGAUUGUAUCAUCUGCGGUCACUAGAACCAUAAUGCUUGUGCAACAGACUAAUCAGCCAUCUGCAAUUUGAAAUGGGCAUUUUGACAAGAGAAGCGGAGCAGUGAAAUCAUUGCUAAGACAAUAUAAACUUAUAGCUUUUAGUUAGUUGCAGGACUAGAGACCAUGUAACCUCAGCUCUUGGGUACAGAUUUAUAGGCUAAACAUAAUCACACAGCUCAUGGCAGAGGUCUUUCAAAAGAAGAUCAUUUCUAUGACUUAAAUUUGUCUAGCUGGAGUUGAAUAAGCAUUAGAGUUCUUUAAUGGAUGCAGUCAUUGGUUAAGCACAGUAAAUGUUAUCAGAAAUCAUCUUCUGUCAGGCAUCAUCUUUACUGAGAAUAGCCCAUACUUUUAGUCGCUUUUACAGCUGCCCAUAAAUCAUGGUUGUUGCUCUAAUGAUCAUUAAAACAAUGCAAGCCACAACAGUUAUCGGCUUUAAAGGUAUAAUUCUUAAUUCAUGCGCCUACUUGAUUGGGGUGUUAAAUUAGGCUGCACAUACAGCUGUUCAGGGUGCUGUGUUUCACAUGGGCUACAACCUUGAAGCACUGCAUUUUGUUGGUGGGACAGCUCAAAGGCUUGUCCUGCAUUUAUUAAAAAAACAUAGCCUUUAGGUAUACCUCAAUGCACUUCCAGGAGUCAAAAAGUGCCGUGUAUGCUUGCUGUAACCAGGCAAAAUAACAGGAAAAAUGUAACAUCUUGGUCUGCUAUAAAAUGUGAGAACUAGAAUUGCCCUAAACUAGCAGACAUUUACAUCAUGUUUUCUCUGGAAAAAAGGUAAAGGAGGUGAGUGCUGAGUGGCCUGCAUUAAAAGCUCUCUGGUUUGUGUGCCAGGAAUCAGCUUAAACCUCCUCUGUUCGGUCCCUGUGGGGCAAAACCACGUUGGUUCUGGAAAGUCCUAUUGACCCUUGGUUUGCUUUACCAACAUCUGUGUCCACGCUGUGCUCACACCUCCUCGGCACAUGUGGUGUACACACCUACGGGGUCUCCUUCGGGCAUAGGUUGUGGCUAUGAUGAGGAAUGGCUUAGCUUCAGAGGGAAGGGGCAAAAGCAGAUGAUGUCUGGUUGGCACUGAGUGGGGACAGGCUGUAUUUAGGGUAAAGCUCUGGGGCUUUGGGCUGAGCAUAAUAGUGACCAGUGGAGAUGCUCUGGUCUCAGCACAGUAUUGCUAGGGCAGCUGCUGGCCCUAGCCCAAGAUUCCCACAUCUGCUGGCUAGUUGUUCUCCCCAUUUCCCUCUCCCUCCUCUUCAUUCUAUUUUCAAACCUGGCCUGAACUGGAGCAGAUUUGGCCAUUGCCAAAGUUCACAAAAAUUUAAUUGCUCGUCUAAAUUUGUAACAGCUUUAAACGUGAACAAAUAUCCAAGUUAUUUUUUUGUCGUUGAUUCUUCUCAUGGAAUAUAAUAACGCUUGUUCCUGCUCUAAUCCCGUUCCUUCUGUGAGCACUCCCUCUUUUACACCCCUCAUGUAUGCGUGCUCUGGAAAACCAAAGGCACAGAGUAAGAACCAUGAAGAGCAGAAAAUGCAGGUCAUUGGUCACCUGGAACUGAAGAUCAAAGACAACAUAGCACCAGAGAUGCAGUUUAUUUGUGGAGCUGUAGCUACAGAGUAGAUUGUGCAUGUGAAUUAUGAAAUCCAAACAAAAGACUUAGUUACUGCUUGCUUGGUUUUCUGUGGAAUCCAUGCUUGGGGUUUUGUUUUAAUUUUCUUCUGUUGAGCAAACAUUGAAGCCAUAGAUCUGAAGAAAAACAGCUCAUCUGUUUGCGUUUCCUUUCUCUUCUUUACCUUUUCCCUAUUCCUGUGAGUCUCUGAGGUACAGACAGCACAGUUAUGAGGACCUUAGGAGCGAUAGACUGGGAAACUCAUCGCUUUUGGAAGGAUCUUAGGCCCUAACAGUGAUCCUUGGAGAUGUCAUUAUUCUGAAUCACCCUUCAAAGGGAUCAGUGGUGUUACCGCGUGUGCCAGGGCUGGCUCACACCGAGCCAUGCAGUGAGAUCUGCGGCACGCGCUUCAUUCUCCAGAUCACCACUGCUGCGGGGGGCAGAAACAUGAGGAAACUCAUUAUCAGCACCGCAGCAAAAAUGACCAGCAGUAUUUCCCAUGGAGCCAGGACUGUUUCCACCACGAUUUCCUCCAUGUCAAGAGCUUGAAACUGCAAAGCAAAAAUUACACUGCAUUACUUUCGUGCAAAUAGGUAUUACAACUGUAUAGAUGUGUUUGUUUUACCCGUGGUAGGGCUGUCAACCUCUUUCCCUUAUUAUUUUCUCAUCCUGAGGCCCCAGAAGGGCUCCUCCACUCUCUGUCUGUCCCCUCAAUGGCCUCAGCCUGCCUGUGGAGCAUUGGCCUGCCUUUCCCUUUGGGCUUGGUUGCAGCUGCUGAUUCUGGUGUAAGACACUAUGUAUACCUUGAAACUCUGUACUUGACUCUUGGGCCAGCCUUUGUCACCUUCUCUUUAAAAUUUUGAUUUUUAAGGCACUCCUCUCCCACUUAGAACAUCAUUACACAAAAUUAUUAUUAUGGUGACAUGUAUCAAAGCUAAAGCUGAGGACAAAAAGAUAUGAUAGAAAGAAGGGAGAGCUGUACAUUAUCUGCCUUCAGAAUUUGUAUUUUAUCUUUUUUUUUUCCCUAUAAAGCUGGUUUUAGAAACCUUUUGCUUGCCAGAGAUCUUCAACAAACACUCAAUAAAGAAUUAUGUGCUUUGAGAAUGACUACCGAUGUCUUUUUAAUUAAACUGUUAAAUCUGCUGGAAACUGAUUUCUAUUUGAAGUGGUUUAAUCAAACAAGUAUGAGCUUAAGAUUCAGAGAGGUUUAGCACGGGUGUACAUGCAGAGCAGAAGCACAGCUAAUGAGUCUGAAGUCUUUAGUUUUGCAAGAGUAAAAGAAAGUGUAGACCAGUUAGGAAAGAGUUAAAUCGAGGAGACAGGGCUGUUAACAGCUGUGUCUUGGUUAAUCAAGGGCUCUCAGGAGCCACGCACCUGAAAGUCAUGAUGAAGCCCUAAAGAGGGGUAUAAAAGUUGGUGGCCAGGGGCUAAUUAGGGUUUUUCCUUAUGACUUCUCCUCUCUUUUUCUCUCCACUCUCAGUGUAAUGAGGUCUCCUGAGCAGCUGCCUUCAGCCUAGAUUUCACCAGAGAUCGUCUCAGGUGGUGUGAAAAUGAGAAAGGAUGAGCCCAGGACUUCCUCACUGUAAGGUGGUGUGAAAAUGAGAAUGGAUGAGCCCAGGGCUUCCUCACUGCGAGGUCUUAUUCCUGCCCUGCGGGCUUUUUUUCCAGUCUGAGAAGAUUAGCCUGAGCCCACACAAUGGCCAAAGAUUUCAACACUUCUAUCCUGCCCCUCUAAGCAACAGUUUAGUGGGUAA